AAAGAAGGAAGAAAAAAAACAACAACUUUAGCGACGUUGUUGUUGUAUAUUUUAGUGCUUUUUGUGUAUCUUUUCGGUUUGCGUUUGCGUUCUCCCAUAUUCGCCGCAUGUGCUUUGCUGCCUUAUUUUUCUAUUCAGUAUUCCGUUCUAUGCCAUUCCACCAAAAUUCGUACCGCUAGGGUAAUUCAGACAAUUCAUUCGACAGCACUUCAGUUAUUAUCGUGCACUAGACUUGAGAGUAUCUUUUCUUGAAAAAGCGUCAGACCGUAUCGCAUCGUACGCAACAGAUACAAAAUUCAAAUUUCAAAAAAAUAAUAAUCAAAAAAAAAAAACAUCAAAAGUAUACCAACAACAACAACAACCCUACUCUUUUAUUUUUGUUUAGAUAUUUUUUUGUUUAAAUUCAGUUUUUAAUCUUUUGGUUGUUCGAUUCUAAUUUUCGGAAGUGUGUGUUUUUUCCUGGGAUAUGAAAUAAAGAUUAUUUGGUUUUACUUCCUUAGUGAUUUUAAAAAUCUAUAAUUUAGUUGAAGCUGUCAUGCUGUAGUCCUUAAAGGAUAUCCUUCUAAAAAAGGGGAUUCAUUUUUCACACACCUUUGUCGUUUUUUAAUGUCGCGUGUUUAGAAGGAAGAAAACAAAAAUACCUGCAUCAAUAAUAUUAUGAGAAAAAGAUACUAGGUUCCGACCCAACAACAACACCAAUAAGUUGUAGUGAAAAAAUAUCCUCAUCUUUAUCAGUGUCGUUUUCGUUUUCGUCUUAGUCUUCGUCUUAGUCGUCGUCGUAGUUGUUGUCCUUUAGAAAACCAAAACCUUUGUAUCUAUCGAUUGUUUGAAACGAUCAUAAAACAAAAAUAUUCUUUUGGUUUUUGUGAAAAUAAGAAAAAAAUAAAUUAAGUGCUCUUGAAAAAAAAACGUAAUUUAAGUGAAAUAAAAAUAAAGGAAAAAAAUAAAAAUAUACAAAAGUAUCUUUUUCAUAGAUAUUUUUUAAAGUGACAACUCCUCAGUGUAAACCCAAAUUUGAAUUGGAUUAGCCGCUGUCCUGAACAAAAGAAAAAGAAAAAGAAAUUUAAAAAUUAAAAACAAAAAGAAAAUAUAUUAUUAUUAAAGUAAACACCGUUUAUAAAUGCAUUACAUAACAUAAAUUACACAUCACUGUUGUUGUUUUUGUUAUAACGCUAAACAAAUCCAGCUGAUUCACCGAGCUAAAACGGUGAACUUAAAAUGAUAUUUUUUUGCACAAAAAAACGGAGAAAAUACCUUGUUUAGGUACAAAAGAAAAAUACAACACAAGUGUUCUUAUUAUAUUCAACAAAUGGCCACAAAUAUAAAUAUUAGUGAAUGAGUAAAAAAUUAAAAAAUAAUUUAUCUAUAAUAUUGUUUAUACAACAAGAAAAAACAACAAAACAAAAGAAAACGAAGGAAAAAGUGUAUAUUUUGUGAUCUAAUAAAAAAUAUAUAAUAUAUUUAUAUUUAUUUACCAAUAAAACCAAAACUAACCAUCUAACUGUGAUUUAAGCUUAAUAUAUAAAACUAUAGUUUUUACAAAAACAAAAAUAAAUUUGUUUAAAACAAAAACAAACAAAAAAUAAGGAACAAAUUAUCGCUUCGGGUUUUUUUUGUAGUUUUUAAAUUUAAUUUCUUUUUUUUUAAUUUUAAUUUAAAAGUUAAAAUAUAAAAUUAAAUUCGAUGAGAAUGUUCAAUUUAAAUAUACCACAAACGCUGGGGCUGGAUGCCGGUUCCACGCCAAAAACUCCAGAAAUUGUUAAUUCCCUAAUGGCAAUGUCAAAUCCAAUGGAUAAUUAUUUCACAUCAACGCAAGGGAUAUCGGUGCGGAGUUUUAAUUCCAUGAAUCCACAGGCAAUAUCACAGGAUAGUAGUCAUUCCAGUUGUUCAGGUUCGCCGCUUGACUCACCCGCCGGUACAGCAACAACACCCAGCGUCCAACAGACGUGUUCUCAACUUAUCAAGGCCGGGCUAAAGCUUUCCAUACAAAGUAAAAGAAAACUUUCUACUUGCGAGUCGAGUUCAGGCUCAGAACAAACCACUUCCAAGUGCUCGCGCAAGGACGAAGAUACCAGCGAUGAGGAAGAUUGUGAUAGCAAAUCGAUCAAAGGACUCACCCCGGAAGAUGAGGAUCGCCGUAGGAGGCGACGCGAACGCAAUAAAAUCGCUGCCACUAAGUGUCGCAUGAAGAAGCGUGAACGCACUCAAUAUCUGAUGAAAGAAUCCGAACAACUAGACACACAGAAUAUCGAUUUAAAGAACCAAGUGCGAACUUUGGAAUUGGAGCGCCAGCAACUGUUCGACAUGUUGCAGGCCCACUCACCAUCAUGUGUUCGACGAGGCGGCUUCAACCCUCCAGCGAAACUUUUGCAAUCGCCUGCCCAGAAAUAUUUGGCUGACUUGGAACUGGACAUCAAGCCAUUCCAGACGUCCGAGUCGCCGGUGCCAGUCUCAAAUCAACAAGCAUCCACACCCACCCAAACCCAACAUCAGCAACAACAACAACAACAGCAACGAACCGUUAUACCACCGAUGUCAACAAUCAACAAUCGCAGUAAUGUCUUCAAAGCCACCACAGCGGCGAUACCCAGUUCACCACACCAUCAUCAAACAUCCAACAACAACCACCACUCCUCGGACAUCAUCCCGAAUGGCUAUUGCAAACCAUCGCCAACAGCUCAAGAGCUUGGCUAUUUGAGCUCGCCCGCCCAAGAUGUUUGCCUGCCACAAAUGCAACAGCAACAAUCCCACCUUCUCCAUAGCAAUCACCAGCAACAUCACCAACAUCUGCAACACCAUCCAGUCGUCAGUCAGGCUCUGAUAUCUGAUUACAUUCCAAACUGUGACAGCAGCCUCACCCCAACUUCUGACACGACCUCCGACUUUGUCAAAAACGAGCUGGUCGACUCCCAGAGUCCCUACACAACAGCUCAGAGCGCUGAACGCUUCCUCUUCGAGUCCGAAAACUUCGACCUGAAGCACAGCAAUAACGCCUGCAAUAACAACAACACUAGCAAUCACAACGCCAACAUUGUGGACUUCCAUGGGCCCAUGGGUGGCACCACGACAAUUGUUCCCUUCCAUGAUCACAUUUCGAUCAAAAACGAUCUGCUCUCGGUGCAGGAGGCAGACUUCCUCUCACACCUUACUGGCGACCCAACCGACUCGGACUAUGUUGACUUGGAUACUGGUGUUGCGGCUGCCUUCUCUCAAAUGACAAACGGUGGGUGCUUGGCGUGAGAUGAGUACUUCUUGUUGGAGCCCCAGGAAUAGUUGUGGUUUGACUAUUCGUUUUUUUACCAAUUAUCUUAACUAAUCAUUUUUAUGUUAUUAUUAUUAAUUUUUGUUUGCUGUAAGUAUCUGUAGCUAUAAAUUAUAAUUGUAUAUUUGAACAAAAAAAAUAACUAAAUUGUUUUUACGUGAAACAUUAAAAGCCACAGAUAGACAGGAAUUGUUAUAAAUAGUCAAGCUUUUUCAAGCAUUAUAUGGCGUCCAUUUUAUUUUGUUGCUUGAACAAUUGAAUAAGCCACACAAAGGGUUUUUGAUUGUCAGAGAGACAGAGAGGGGUAAAAACGAUAGAAAGAGAGAGAAAUUUGAUUAAAUAUUUUUCUAAACAUUCCUACUCCUGGUAAUUUGUAAAUUAAUUAAUAUUU